GUUCAGGGAUGCAAGACUGCCCAUUCUGUAAGGUAUUAUUACCGGUAAUUCAAAUCAGGGAAGGCAAUGUGCUAGUGGCAUUGGUUUUGCUCUGAAUCCAAGGAAUUUUGAAGCAAUAUCUGAGGGCUGAUAGACAAAAGCGCUUACGACUUGCCAGGCCAAGUACCGGUCUGUUGAUUGCUUCGCUUCCGUGUGGUUUGCCGCCCGUUUGCCUGUUUGUUCCCGCCGCGCUCGGCUUGUAGCUUGCAAUUUCCCGGGCGAUACGAAUACAGACCACUCAGUGGUCUCUAGCUGCUCCGUUUGUGUUUGGACUUCAUCCUCGUCCGGGUAAUAGUAUCGGAAGGAUCCACGUUCCGGUCUAUCGACCGUGUUUGAAGAGCUUUUCACUGCUUGUUAUUCUUGGUACCUGUGUAUCAGAUUACUCCGCUGUAUCGCCUCCGACAUUUGCAGUGGUGCAGUGCAAAAUGAAAGCUAUCGUACAGCGGGUGCUGUCUGGGUCAGUGACCGUGGACAACGAAGUGAUUUCCUCCAUUGGAAAGGGACUUCUUGUUCUUGCUGCUGUGGCUCCCGAAGAUACAGAGAAAGAUGCCGAGAACCUAGCAAACAAAGUGUUGAAGCUCAGAAUGUGGGACGAUGAUGCCGGCGCAAGGUGGAAGAAGGCAGUCCCGGACAUUGACGGAGAAAUCCUCUGCGUGUCUCAAUUCACACUUUUCGCCAAGAUCGUCAAGAACAAGCCGGAUUUCCGCCUCAGCGCAGGAGCCGAGGAUGCUAAAAGGCUCUACCACCAUUUCUUGCAAAAGUUGCAGGAUAGCUACGCGGCCGAAAAGGUCAAGGAUGGGCGCUUCCAGGCUAUGAUGGCCGUGGCUUCUGUCAAUGAUGGACCGGUCACGUUUGAGCUCAACACAGAGUCGGCCCCCAAGCCAUGAUCAUUUUCAAGAGCUUUCGAAUGCCAUGUGCCAUGACCUAUUCAGUGUCACUGACAUAAGUCGGGUGUUGGCUUGAGCGAAACCAAGAUACACCAUGAAUGCAACUCGGAUUUCGUUCGUUGGAAGUCUCAAGAAGUGAUGGCAAAUAGCAACGGACCGUCUCUUGGGUCCCUUGCAGUCAAAUAAAGAUCUGAAUGGUUGCAAUUCCAUGCCUUAUACAUAGAACUCUACGCAUAGAUGCAACUACGAUAGAAAGGCCUGCCAUUUUGGUGAUACCUCAGAAUGCAGGCAGAGACAUUGCAGCUCAUUUGCACCAAGGCUGCCUGCUUCAGCUGCAUAUCUUACUUCGGCUCUAUGUUUCCGUUUGCCUCACGUUGUCCCUUCGGCCUCACAUGAGGUGCCGCAACUUACUAGGCACCUAAGAGAAAGUCGAUAACAGGGCAGGAAAGAGACAUCGGUAGAACAGAAUCCUCUGAUUGG